UUCACCCCAAGCUCUAUUCAGUUUGUUUAUUUUUAGCUGAUGCUGUAAAAUCCUUUCUUCUCUCAAACCAUGGAGAUAUCAACAAUGUCUUCUUCAAGAUUUGCGAUUGAUACACGAAUGGUAGUAAAACCCGUUUCAACAAGAAGAAGCCUAAAUUUCUCUAACAGAAUCUCAGCAAAAGCUACUUCUUUAAAGAGCAAUUUCAGUGUCCCAUUUGUUGGAGGAAGUAUUUCUACUGAUUUCUCUGGUCAGAAAAUUCGUCCUGUUUCUCUUAAUCCAUUAUCUACUGGUUCUCGUGGGAAAAGAGGUGUUGUCACCAUGGUUAUUCCAUUUCUUAGAGGAAAUGCAUGGGAACAACCACCUCCAGAUCUAGCAUCGUACUUGUACAAGAAUCGAAUUGUGUACAUGGGCAUGUCGCUUGUUCCUUCUGUGACUGAGUUGAUUCUUGCAGAAUUUCUGUAUCUUCAGUAUGAGGAUGAUAAGAAGCCAAUAUACCUUUACAUAAACUCAACUGGUACAACCAAGGGGGGAGAAAAGUUAGGUUAUGAGACAGAGGCAUUUGCAAUCUACGAUGUUAUGAGAUAUGUUAAACCACCUAUUUUUACACUUUGUGUUGGUAAUGCAUGGGGAGAAGCUGCACUGCUUUUAGCUGCAGGUGCCAAAGGAAACCGUUCUGCUCUUCCUUCAUCAACAAUUAUGAUGAAACAGCCAAUUGCAAGGUUUCAAGGUCAGGCAUCAGACAUUGAGCUUGCAAGAAAGGAAGUAAAAAACGUUAAGACAGAGUUGGUCAAACUCUAUGCAAGACAUACAGGCAAAACAGCUGAACAGAUUGAAGAGGAUAUCCAGCGACCAAAAUAUUUCAGUCCUACUGAAGCCGUUGAAUACGGUCUCAUCGAUAAGGUAUUGUACAACGAAAGAGGCCGCGAAGACCGUGGAGUCAUUUCUGACCUAAAAAAGGCUCAGCUUAUUUAAGGGUAUUACACUACCAGAAAAUAGACCAUGGAUACUGUUGACUGACGUCUCACCUAGAACGUGCACCGCAGCGAGGUGAUACUGUUGAUGAGUAACAAGGUGGUUGAUGUUGUGCUCUAUACUUGUCCUCAUUGUGAAAUUGAUUCAAAGGGUAAAAAUUGUUUCCAUGUAUGAUAAAGUUUAUACUACCUCGAGAUGAGAUGUUACAUUCUAAUAAACCAACUUGUGUUUAGAAAAAAAAAUUGUCCAUUUUUCUCAUCCAGUAUCUUUCUAGUUUCAACGAUACUGUAUGGAAGUUUUGAAUGCAAUGUGUGCUUAUAAUCAUUAAAGUGUGUCGUGUCCGAGAAAGAUAUCGUAACUAGCUGACAUGUUUCAUAUUUUGAAUGAACUUUGACAUCAAUCUUAAUUUCUUAA